CGCCCACCUGCUGUUGAUAGCCGGUGCUGCCCAGUGCUGCCAACACUCAUUGUCAGCACUGAACGAAAAACGUAAAUAAACACUGAAGGGAGAAAUAAUGAGAAACGAGGGAAGCGUACUAAACAAUAUUUUACUGAAUUGAUGUUGGGACCUAUUACCGUCUGGUUCCAUCCUUUUUCCCUCCGUGCGGCAUGAAAAAUUCUUGCUGCAGGUGAAAGAUUUGGCCUGGCAUCAAAGAUGAGCAGUGAGGUCAAGGGGCCUGAUGAGGAGACACAGCGCCUGCCAAAGAGUCACGAUGACAUCGUUCAAAUGACAAAGACAGCUCUAAACACGCUGAUAAAAAACGACCCUCUCCUCUGUGAUCUUCCUGAGGAUGUCACUCUCGAUGAGAUAAAGGCUCAGGUGGCAGUUCUUCAGGGAACAGCUCUCAGCAUAAAUGUGCACCGAGACGACGGAGAGGUGGUCAAAGUGAUAGUGGACCAGCGAGACGCGACAGUCAGUCACCUGAAGAGGGCGUUUAUGAGGAGCACCCAGCUGCGGCUGUUCCGAAAGCAGGGCAGGAAAGUGGCGAUCAGCUGGACACACAUUUGGAAGACCAACUGGCUGGUGUUCAACGGCGUCAAGCUGCAGAAUGACAAUGCUAAGCUGAGGGACCUCGGUAUCACCAACAGGGCCAACAUAUCGUUCGCCAAAAGGUAUCGUGACAAACUGAAGCGCAACCAAGUUGAGGGAUGUUAAUAAUUGUAUGAAGGAAUGAAAAGCUGUUGAAUUUUCCAACAAAA